GGGCACGGUCCGGCAGGACCCGGCAGGGGGCUGGCAGCUCGCCCAGGGAAUGCCGGGUCACCCAUAGAUCUCAGUGUGCCCUGGGGCAUCCUCACUCUGACAGCUUUGCUGCAGCAUCCCGCUUCCUCCGAGCAUCGUCUGUGGGGGGUCCCCACAUUGCACCGCUUGCAUCCCCCUCCCUGGGCCAAGGCUGUCAUCUCCCCAUCCCUUUGACAACCACCUCGGCAGCACUUGUGCAUGUUUUCCCUGUUCAGAGCUGCUUUUUUGCUCAGAAAAUUAGGCAGGACUUUUGAUUUUGGAGUGAUUUCAGGUCCAAGGUCCCGUUUCUCACGUCUCGCGUCCCCCAGGGGACCCCACGGCUCCUCUCUGCUGAGCCGAUAAGAAUUUGCUUUCCCAUAGCAGGAAACAACCUGACUCUGCAUAUUUGAGCUGGUUGGGGGGGUUUAUGUUGGGCAAGGACUUUUUUUUGGGAACAUUCAGUCUCUGGCCUGCCGGUAACUAAUCCCCGCGCGCUGGCAGGGGAGGCUGCCAGCUCCGUGCCGGUGGAGCGGGAGGGCUGGUGGCCGUCCCUCUGUGCCUUGCUCAGUGGAUGUGAAGCCGGAGAUCCCAGUGGAUCACCGCUCCUGGCAAGUCUCACGUGCCUUUGUGGGACCUCAAGGUAGCCGGGGCAGCGAGCUUGUGCGUGGGUGCUGGGGGACGUGGGGCUGAGCUGGUGUGAGGUGGGAAUGUCACCUGUGUCCCUGGUGGGGACGUCCCGAAGUGCUUUGGCAGAGGAUUUGUGCCCCGAGCGCUCUCCCCGUGGGGCGUCCUCUGUCCUGAGCAAGGUCAGGGUGGCGCAGCUCCUGCUGUGUGCCUGGUGGCGUCCGGCAUUGCGGUGACACCUGCUCAAGGCUGUUGGUCCCCUCUCCCUGCCCGGGGAUGGCCUUGCUGCCCAGCCGUGGGGCUGAAAUGUGUCCCCAUCUCAAUGACACAGGGGUGAGGGGCAGAGGGCAUUUCCCGAGCCACAAAGGGCCAGUGGCCGAUGUGCCGGGAUGGCAGCUGUGCUGUCACCGAUCCCAUUAGUGUGCAGUGGGGCAGAGACUCAGGCCCCUGUGUCCCCGCACCCGCUGGGUGCCGCAGCAGCUGCAGGUGGUGAGGGCUGGGGAUGGGGUGAGCACCUGUUUUGGAGUGAGCACCUGUUUUGGAGUGGAGGAGCUCCCACCUGAGCAGGGGGACUGUGUUGCCACCAGGACACAUUCCUCGCUGUGUGUCCUUGCAGGUGGCGCUGGGACAAAGCUGGGGCUCAGGUCCUGCAGGAUGCACCUGGGCAGCUGGGAUGGGGCUGUGGCGCUGGUGUCCCUGUGGUCACAUCCCUGAAUGACACGUGUCAAGGUGCUUGGUGGUGCUGUGGUCCUGCCCGAGCUGCAGUAGCACCCUGGCUCAAUGGGUGCUGGGGAUGAGGGGCUGGCCCAUGGGGACAGGGGGCUGUUGCUCCUCCCCUCCCCGCCGAGUCCGUGUCUGUCUGUCCUGCUGGCCAGCAGUGCUGGGGACAUGGGGCCAGUGGUGCCGGCCUGGCAAGUGCGUCACUGGGGGACAUGGGGAUGGGCACAGGGGCUGUUUCUGGGUGGCAGCUGCCUGUUUGAAUAUAUGUCACGUUCUGGCUUUAAUUAUAGUAAUUGGCUGUUGGAGGGCCGUGCUGGCGCCUGCCCUUGCUCCAAGGGGGAGCGUGAGCACGUGGAGGAGUCCCUGUCAUUUGUCCCUGGCCCUGAAGCGUGUCCCUGUGUGCCUUCGGGGACAUGGCCCAUGCCAUUUGCACACACACACACGUGGUGCACGCCUGUCUCCAACCCCACGUAAUUUGGUGGUUACAGCAGCCAGCUGGGAGGUGAAAACCACAUUCAGCCUGGGGCAGAGGCCGGGGAUGCUCCAGAUCCCCGUGGAUUAAAGGGAGCCCCUGACCACAAGGCUCUGGCCCUGGGGUGGGCACGCUGGUAUGACAGCAAUGUGGGCGCUCCAGCAGGACAGACGGACAGACAGAUUGUCCCAGCAUGGCUCCCCUGGCACAGGUCAGGACCCCGGCUUGUCCCCGUAGGUGAGGGUGUGCCACGAGACCCGAGUGUCUCCAAGCACCCUGCCCGCUCCUGCCGCGCCGGGCACCGGUGUCCCCAGCCCAGGUGCUGUUGGCAUCGUCAUGGCACCGCAGGCAGGAACCACCUGGUUCUCCCCCUGUGUUAGGGCGCGAUGCCCGGGGACACCCCAGUGUGGGCAGCGGUAGCCAAACAAUUAGCACAAGUAAUGGGAUCGUAUCGGUAACUACAGUGCUUGGGAAAACAAAGAUAAUCUAUGGCCCUGUUAUCUUUUCCAGAGGCCUGGGCUUAAGCCGGGCUGGGAGAACGGUGCACUGUCUGUCUGUCCGUCCUUAUGGUCUGUCUGGCCUCAUGCUGUGCUUGCGUGGGUGCUGGAGGGACUUUGGAGGGAGCGAGGAGGGGAAGUGUGUGUGCAGGGUCUCGUGGAGUGAAGGAGAGGUUGGGCAGUGCCCAAAGCUUCGGCAUCAGUUUUGGCAUUGGAAUUGGCAUUGGUAUUUGCAUUGGAAUUGGCAUUGGUAUUUGCAUCAGCAUUGAUAUUGGUGUUGGCAUUGGCAUUGGCAUCGGCCUUGGAAUUGGUAUUGGCAUUGGAAGUGGCAUGGGCAUGGGCAUUGGAAGCGGCAUUGAUGUUGAUAUUGGUAUUGGUAUUGGCAUCGGUAUCAGUAUCGUUAUUGGCAUCAGUAUUGGCACUGGAGCUAGCAUCGGUAUUGGUAUCAGCACAGCUUGGCCACUGGCAUGGCCAGAUGUGCCAGAAUUCUGCCAGCAUGACAUGGUCCCCUGUCCAUGCUGCCCUGCCCGUGCUUGGCACCCCGGUCCCCACUGUGGCACCCCGAGGGUCACGUCUGCCCCCGCAGCCUGUGACCCACCGAGCCCGGCUGCAGCGCAGGCAGCAGGGCAGGGACCGGGCUGCCGUGCGAGCGCCGUCUUGGCAGUGGAGCACAAGGCGGGGUGGGUUCCGGGAUCUGCCCCCCCCUCGCCCGCGGCAGCACCGUCUCUCCUCCGCGGGGAGCCGGCAGCCGCUCCAACCAGUUUGUGGGUCUGGGUGGCGACACCUCCCGCCCCAGGCCUGGCAGAGGGCUGGGGAGCGCGGGUAUGGCCGCAAAAGAACAAGCAGGAGUCGGUUGUGUCCUGCUGGGCACGGCGCCCGGCGGCGGGGCAGGGCCGACGCGCUGCUCCCCGGCACGGGGCUGCGGGAGCCAGGGGCUGGAGCACCGCGGGAAAAGCCACCCUGUGAGCUGGGGGGAAACUGAGGCACAAAAGCAUAGAGGGACUACAUGUGGGUGAUGGAGCAGGAGGUGCUGGCAGCAAUGACAGAGACAUCCCAAUGUCUGGACACUGGCUUUUCCCCUUCAGCAUCCCAGGCUGAGCCCCAGCACUGCUCUUGGCAUCUGUCACCUGCCUGUGGGCAGUGGUGGGACACGCUCCCGCACCUGGGUGGCCUCAUCCCCGUCCCUUGCGCCCUCCUCCGCAAGAGCAGCCGGGAUAUUCAGUGUCAGUGCUGCAGGGAGAAAUAUAAGUGGAGGAAUCCUGGGAAACUGGUUUUACCCCUCCGUCCGGUGCCGGCGGCAGGACGGCGGCGGUGGCUGCGCUCCUCCCUCGGCGAAGGCAUAUAAUGCCCGCCAUGGUCCUGGCGAGCGGCACAGUGCUGAGGGAGGCGGGCAGGGGUGCAGGCAGAGAGCCAUGGCCUCCAUGGGGCUGCAGGUGCUGGGCAUCGCCCUCUCCGUCAUCGGCUGGUUGGCCACCAUCCUCUGCUGCGCCUUGCCCAUGUGGCGGGAGACGGCCUUCGUCGGCAACAACAUCGUGACGGCGCAGAUCAUCUGGGAAGGGCUGUGGAUGAACUGCGUGGUGCAGAGCACGGGGCAGAUGCAGUGCAAGUUCUACGACUCCCUGCUGGCCCUGCCGCAGGAUCUGCAAGCCGCCCGCGCCAUGGUGGUGGUGGCCAUCGUCUUGGCCGUCCUGGGCACCCUGCUCGCCGUCACCGGCGGCAAGUGCACCAACUGCGUGGAGGAUGACACCGCCAAAGCCAAGGUCAUGAUCGUCUCCGGUAUCAUCUUCAUCAUCGCCGGUGUCCUCAUCCUCAUCCCCAUCUCUUGGUCGGCCAACAGCAUCAUCCAGGACUUCUACAACCCGAUGGUCACCGACUCCCAGAAGCGGGACCUGGGCUCGUCCCUCUACGUGGGCUGGGCGGCCUCCGCGCUGCUGCUGCUGGGAGGGGGGAUCCUGUGCUGCACCUGCCCCCCCCGGGAUGAGAAGCCCUACUCUGCCAAGUUCACGGCUGCUCGCUCACUGCCAGCCAGCAACUACGUCUGAGGAGCCGCUGCACCCCCCUGGACCCCCCAGCCUCCCCAUGGAGCCGGGAGCUCUCGGGGCAUCCCUGGAUCACGGACCCCCCUGGCUGGGUGCUGGCUGGCGCCAAGGCGGUGGCAGGGCGGUGCGAGGGACGGCAGACAGAGCUGCCUUUGUUCACCGGGGGAUGGAAGCUGGUUCUUUAAUCUCGGUUGAGACGGAGAACAAGGCGAUCCUGUCCUGGCUGCCUCCCCGGCGGGGUCCCGCUCCCCCUGGAGCACCCGGUCACGGCAUCUUCUCUGAGACACCACCCGAUACCCCCCCGGAGCAUCUCCUGGCUCCCGGUAUCGGGGUGUGCCGUGCGGUGACGCAACUCCCGGGGCCUGUCCCGUGGGUGACAUGGGGCUCUCACUUGGUAAAACCCCCCAGGAUGCGUCCCCCCGGGUGGACGGCGGUGCUGAUGGGGACAGCAAACCUGUCCCACACUGUCAUGGGGACAUGGUGGCUCUGCAAACCCUGUCAGGGGCUUGAGGGGUGACAUGGGGGAUCUCAUCUGCUUGUACCCCCUGUCCCCCCUGUAGAUUUUGACACUGACCUACUUUCGGUGCUCGCAGUGGCGGUACAGACGGUACAGACGUGUGAUUUCUCGCAGCGGCUCUCCGGGGCGGGGGCAUCAUUAUCCUGGGAGUGGGAUGGCAGCGGCUGGGCUGGGAGAACCGGUCGGGGAGGCGGAAGCGGAGCGGGUCUGUGCACCCGCAUGGAGGGGGCGACUCCAGGAUCCUGACCCAUGGGGUGCCCCCAGCCCCAUAGUCCCCUGGCAUCCCCCGGGUGGGCUGUCUGGGGAGGGGGUGGCUUGUGGUGUCCCCUGGGACUGUGCUGCCAUCUGUCCCCAUGUCACAACCUUCCCACAUUAAACGGCAGCUGCUCAGCCCCA